AAUUUGGGGAUUUACCCGGUUUUACCGGCCUCUAUAUUAAAAACUUCAGAAUGGAAAGGAAGAAAGUACUUAGUUUAAAGGAAAAAAUGGAGGUUAUAAGCGCGUACGAUCAAACUAAUUCAUCAGUGCGUGCAUUAGCCAAAAGGUUCAACAUAGGAAAAACACAGGCUGCGCUCAUUGUUCGCGACAGGGAAACAAUUCGGUCGAGAUGGUUAUCCGGUGAAAACAUCCAUACGAAAAGAAGCUUCCUGAAUGCAGACGGCAAAAAACUCGACUCCAUGUGCUACGAUUGGUUCUGUAAACUAAGCAAUGCAAAUAAUACUCCAAUAUCUGGCUCAGCUAUACAAGAGAAAGCAAAGGAGAUCGCAACGAGCCUCGGCAUUGACGACUUUGCAGCCUCCAACGGUUGGCUCCAAAGGUGGCGCAAGAGACACAACAUCAAUUCGCGAUGUGAACCAAGAGAAUCAGCCGAUGUGAAUCCAUUGGAUGUUCAUCAGUUUUUAGAAACUGAAAUUGAUAGCAGCGAUACGGUAUUCGUAAUUGACGACAACAGCAAUACGGAUACGGAUCUUGUAGCUGAAGUUUCCUGUGAGCUGAACACAGUUAAAAGCGCUUUAAUAUACAUUGCAAAUUUAAAGCAAUUUCUAAAAAACGAUCACAUUGCUUUUGAACAUUUAAAGAAUUUGGAAAACCAUAUGGAAAACAGACUCUUAAAAUGUAAGCACUUAUAGAGUUAUGUAUUAUAACAACUUAUUAUUAAACCAUUUUAAUUUCGUCGUACCUCUCUUAAGCGGACAAAAAAGCUC